CUAUUUUUUUUUGUAUAUUUAUAAAAAAAAUAAGCAACCAUAAACAGCAAUGUAACCCAGCCUUUAAUAUAAAAAUUAAUAUACUAGUGCUAUAGCCAUUUAUUAAGUGUUCGCAUACGUUUUAAGUGCUCAUAAGUCGUAGUAACAAAUAGUUAACAAAAGUUAUCGAAUUCCCAAAAACCCCCCCAUAGAGAUUUAAGGUCACUUUUGAAGUAGCUACUUUAGCAUUUUUUGUGUGUGCAUUCGGAAGAAGCUGUCAAAACAAACACAAUAAAAAAUAACCCCCCCAUUGAGGUGGUCAUAAGCAUCUCCCGCCCACUGGGAAGUGACAUUGACACAACAACAAGCGUCUCAUCUGUCAAAAUUAAGCUUUUACAGAAAGUAUAAAGCUCAUAACUGUCAUUUCUUGUUCAAAGUUUGAUAGUUAGGUGGCGCUAUAGACAGUAGUAAAGUUUAACGGUUUUAAUAUUUUCAAAAUGGCAACUAUUCCCGACGAUACAAGUAGCAUGAGUGAUGACGUUUUCGAGGAUCCGGAAACAACUGCCCGCCGUAUUGAAGAAAAACGUAGUCAAGAAUACCAAGAACAGGAAACGGAACUAGAUACUGCAAAUACACUAAAAACCGAAAUAGAAGAUGCUCAUCGUACACCAUCGCCAAGCGGUUAUCCGGGUUACCAUCCGCCGCGAGAAGCAUUACAGUUAUAUGGCUUGAAAGCUGAUACCGAUAUGGUUUUGAAUACAAUCACUAGACGUAAUGCGGGGGGAAUUGUGAAACAGACCAUAGAAGAUGAUGACCUAGACGACGGAUGGAAGUCGUAUAGAUACGAAGAGGAGGAUGAAGGACCAGUGUUCGAUGAUACCAUUAAUCACAAGACAAUCCUGCUUGGUGACUCGGGUGUGGGGAAAACGUCAUUUCUAGUUAAAUACAAUACUGGAGAAUUUAAAGCUGGAUCCUUUUCAGCUACGGUUGGAAUAGCAUUGAAUAAUAAAGUUGUUAAUGUGGAUAACACAAGGGUCAAAUUACAAAUUUGGGAUACUGCUGGUCAGGAACGAUUUAGGAGUGUGACCCACGCUUACUACAGGGAUGCUCAUGCGCUUCUUCUUUUGUACGAUGUCACAAAUAAAGUCAGUUUCGACAAUAUCCGAGCAUGGCUUGUGGAGAUUCGAGAAUACGCUCAGGAGGAUGUAGUGAUAAUGCUGCUAGGCAACAAAGCUGAUUGUGGCAGUGACAGACAAGUUAAACGAGAGGAGGGUGAACGAUUGGCUCGCGAGUAUAAUGUUGCUUUUAUGGAGACAUCCGCCAAAACAGGACUUAAUGUUGGGCUGGCAUUUUUAGCAGUUGCCAGACAACUCAAAUGCAGACGAAAUGAAUCACUCGACGAAGCGAAAUUUAAUGUUCAAGAUUUUGUUAGAGAACAAACACAACCGAAACAAACUUGCCCGCAGUGUAAUAUGUAACGAAAAAGAUUGUGUAUUUUAGUAAUGGUAUAAUUAAUGUAAUUAAAAAAUAUUAAUUUUUUUUGGUAUACAGAAUUUUGUAUGAAGACAAUUUUUAUUGAAUUAAAAAAAAAAAAACAAAAACAA